AUGAAACCUCUCGACCUGACUGCUGAGAAAGAUUUCGCCAAGGAGUUCCUGAGAGAGUUCGUCGAUGCAAAUGGUGAAGCUAAGUACAUGAACAUCCUCCAAGAUGUUGCAAACCAUAAGGUUCGAGCAGUUCAAAUUGAGCUUGAUGACGUCUACAAUUGGACGGGCGCUGAUGAAGAUUUCCCUAAACGGGUUACUGAGAAUACCAGGCGGUACCUGGGGACCUUUGCCUCUGCGAUUGACGAGCUAAUGCCUGAACCAACUGAGACGUUUCCGGAUGAUGACCAUGACAUACUAAUGACGCAGAGGUCCGAGGAUCCAACGGAGAGUGCAGAUGGUUCUGAUCAGCAGCAGAAAAUGCCUCCUGAAAUCAAGCGUUUCUAUGAAGUUUAUAUUAAAGCAGCUUCAAAGGACAAGCAAUUGAUCAUCAGAUCAGUCAAGGCUUCCAAUAUUGGCCACCUUGUAAGAGUUUCUGGUAUUGUGACACGGUGUUCAGAUGUCAAGCCACUGAUGCAGGUUGCUGUGUAUACAUGCGAAGACUGCGGCUUUGAGAUAUAUCAGGAAGUAACUGCACGGGCGUUCAUGCCUUUGUUUAAAUGCCCGUCCAAACGCUGUGUAACAAACAACAGAAAUGGAAACCUUAUUCUGCAGCUCAGAGCAUCUAAGUUUCAGAAGUUUCAGGAGGCUAAGGUUCAAGAGUUGGCAGAAGAUGUUCCAAUGGGUCAUAUUCCACGGUCCAUGACUGUUCAUUUUAGGGGCGAACUAACAAGAAAGGUAGCCCCAGGUGACAUAGUUGAAUUGUCAGGAAUAUUCCUUCCAAUCCCGUACACUGGAUUCAGAGCAAUGCGUGCUGGCUUGGUUGCUGAUACAUACUUGGAUGUGAUGUCCGUCAAUCAUUCCAAGAAAAGAUAUGAAGAGUAUGAGCAGGGAGGAGAUGAGGAAGAGCAAAUUAUGCGGCUGGCCGGAGAUGGUGAUAUAUAUAAUAAGUUGGCACGGUCAUUAGCACCUGAAAUUUAUGGACAUGAAGAUAUUAAGAAAGCUUUACUACUUCUCCUUGUGGGCGCUCCCCAUAGGAAAUUGAAAGAUGGGAUGAAGAUUAGAGGAGAUUUACAUAUAUGUCUUAUGGGUGAUCCUGGAGUGGCAAAAAGUCAGCUUCUGAAGCACAUUAUCAACGUUGCGCCCAGGGGAGUGUAUACUACUGGCAAAGGAAGCAGUGGUGUUGGUCUAACAGCUGCUGUUCAAAGAGAUACAGUUACAAAUGAAAUGGUCUUGGAAGGCGGAGCUUUGGUGCUUGCUGAUAUGGGUAUUUGUGCAAUUGAUGAGUUUGAUAAGAUGGAUGAAUCAGAUCGUACUGCAAUUCAUGAAGUUAUGGAACAGCAGACUGUCAGCAUUGCAAAAGCUGGCAUCACCACUUCGCUUAAUGCAAGAACUGCUGUUCUUGCUGCAGCUAAUCCAGCAUGGGGGAGAUAUGACAUGCGGAGAAGUCCAGCUGAAAACAUCAAUUUGCCUCCUGCUCUUCUAUCAAGAUUUGAUCUUCUAUGGUUGAUUCUUGAUCGAGCAGAUAUGGAUGCAGAUCUUGAACUGGCUAGGCAUGUUGUUUAUGUGCACCAAAACAAGAAAUCUCCUGCUCUUGGCUUUGAUCCUCUUGAACCAUCUAUACUCCGUGCAUAUAUUUCUGCUGCAAGAAGAUUCUCGCCAUAUGUGCCCAGGAACCUUGAGGAGUAUAUUGCCACUGCAUACUCCAGCAUUCGUCAAGAAGAAGCCAAGUCAAAUGCUCCUCAUUCCUACACAACAGUCCGAACCCUGCUUAGCAUUCUCCGAAUAUCAGCUGCCUUAGCAAGGCUCCGAUUCUCGGAGACCGUGGCACAAAGUGAUGUUGACGAGGCGCUUAGACUAAUGCAAAUGUCGAAGUUCUCGUUGUAUUCCGAGGAACGUCAGAAGUCUGGUCUGGACGCCAUCUCUGACAUCUACUCAAUCUUGCGGGAUGAAGCUGCAAGAGCCGACACAAUGGAUGUGAGCUAUGCUGAUGCUCUUAACUGGAUAUCUAGGAAGGGGUAUAGCGAGGCACAGUUGAAAGAAUGCUUGGAAGAAUAUGCUGCUUUGAACGUGUGGCAGAUUACUCGCCCCGGCUUCGACAUUCGGUUUAUUGAUGCCUGA